AUCGGAGACCCGCCGAGGAAUGAUUCCUCCCCGGACAUUCACUCCCCGACUCUCUUCCCUCUUCAAACCUAUGUAAAUAGAGUCAUACCCCAGCCUCACCCACCCAAAACCCAAACCCAAACCCAACAUUAUCCCAAAACAAAAGAACAGACAGAAAGAAAGAAAGCAAUAAAAAUGCCAGUCUACCACAUCGUCCUCUUCCGCCUCAAGCAAGGCGUCACGCCCGCCCAGCUCGCAAACUGGACCAAAGUCUCCCAAGCAAUGGUCGGCCAGAUCCCCGGCCUCCGCUCCCUGAAGACUAACCCGCCGUUGCCGAUCUCCGUGCCCCGCGCCAAGGGCUUUGAUAUGGGGCUUGUUGCCGUUUUGGAUAAACCGGAGGAUGUCGCUGUUUAUGCGGGGCAUCCGGCGCAUUUGGAGGUCCAUAAGUUGAGGGAGGAGUUGUGUGAGGAUACCUUGGCUUAUGAUAUGGAGUUUGACGAGUGAUUCCUCUACUUCGUAUCUUUUCUUAACCUGGUUAUGGAGAUGGAAGGAAUAUGGAACUUUUGUUUGUCUUAUGAACAGCAAUAAUAGACUUGACACAACGCCAUUAUAAGUCCCACGUCAGAGUCCUUUUUUAAAUUCCAAGUGCCAGCAAAACUGAAAGAAAAAAAAAAAUAAAAAAAAAUAAAAGCCCAGCCAA